AUGGCAUUUAAUACGAAGUACGGAAAUUUUAGAAGACUUUUAAAAAUUCCCAAUAGUUUUAAUAUUUAUGAUGUAACAAAAAUAGUUAAGCGUAAUAAUGCUCAUUUAAUUGAUUACUCAAUGAAAUCUUUAUACGAGAUUCCAGAGAAUAUUGUAAAUAAUUUUCACGUUGCAAACGCAUCAUUAUGGGAUAAUAUGUUGUACUACUUUCAUAGUGGUGUACAAAUAUCUUAUGGUGAUAUUAUUCAUGAUUUAAGACAAGUACAUCCACAACUAAAUGAAUUCAAAGCAACUAAAACUAUUGAAUCAAUUAUAAAAUUAUUGAGUUCAUGUAAAAAUGUUAUUGAAUUUACUUAUCCAGUUGAAAAAGAAAAUGGAAAAAUUGAUGUAAUUAACGCGUACCGUGUUCAACAUACAUUGUACAAGGAGCCAUGUAUUGGUGGAGUUCGACUUUCUGAAAAACUGAGUGUUGCCGAUUUAAAAGGCUUGGCAGCAUUGAUAACAUUUCAAAAUUCAAAUUUAAAUUUACCAUUUGGUGGUUCUUUUGGUGGCAUUGCAAUAAACCCGUCAAAUUAUUGUACACGUGAUUUACGACGAAUUGUAACAACAUACGCUAUUGAAUGUGCAAAACAUGGUUUUCUAGAUCCAGCAAAAGAUGUAUUUCAACCUGAUUUGAAUCUUACUUCACGUGAAAUGAGUUGGAUGACAGAUUCAUUUCAACAAACACUUGGCCAUAAUAAUGUUAAUUCAUAUGCUGCCGUAUUAGGAAAACCAAUGAAUCGUAAAGGUUUACAAAAUUAUAAUGAAGCUGCUGCUUAUGCUGUAUAUUUUACAAUCAGUAAUUUAUUAAUGGAUAAUGAAAAGAUGUCCGUAUUAAAUUUGACACCAAAUUGGUCCGAUAAAACAUACGUAAUACAUGGAUUUGGACGAGUAGGUCAAAGUAUUGCACAAUGUUUUUACAACACAGGUGCAAAAUGUGUUGGAAUACAAGAACGGGAUGGUGUUGCAAUUUUUAAUUCUGAAGGAUUGAAUAUACCGAAUUUAAUACAACAUUAUAAAGAACAUAAAAGUAUAUUAGAUUUUUCGGAUGCACAGGAAUACCAAUCGGAUGUUAUUGGAUAUUGUGCUGAUAUAUUGGUGUUAGCUGGUCCUCAUAAAACUGUUCAUUGUUUCAAUGUGCAGUCGAUCACAUCGAAAAUUAUUGUAGAGGCAGCAUUCUGUGCAAUUACACCCACAGCACAUAAAACAUUAAUGUCAAAGAACGCUAUAAUUUUGCCAGAUAUUCAAGUGGCUACUGGAUGCCAAAUUGCUGCUUAUAUGGAAUAUUUGAAAAAUAUUAAUCACAUUUCAUUUGGACAAAUUGGCAAAGAGCCUGUACGUUCACCUGACUUAAUAAAUGAAGAGGAAAUGCAGAGUGUAAUUGCUGAAGCAACUGGCGAAACGAUAAUAUCUCCAGAAGAUGUUGUUACUGAUAACGUUCAAAAUUUUAAUAAAUUAAAUAAAAUGAGAUUGAAUUGUGAUUUUAAUGAAGGUGAAAUUGUAAAAAAUGUUAUUGAAACCAAUAUUAUUCGUACAAUUGAAGAGACUAAUGAAACCUGUGAAAAGUAUGGUUUGGGUAUGGAUUUGAGGAUGGCAUGUUACGUAAGUGCAAUUAAACGAAUUGUUAAUGCUUACAUUGACACGGGUAAAUUUGAUAACUUCUUUUAUGAUGAACUUAAACAUUAGUCUAAUAUUAAACUCUUCUCAAUUAU